AUGGGCAUAGAUAACGAUAAGGGAAAUGCUAUAUCGCUAGUGCACGAGGACACUGCGAGGCUCUCGUCAGGCUUCUCGAAGCAGGCUGCCCGGGAGUCAAUGCCGAAGAUAUCGAUGGAUAGACUCCUCUGGCAUGGGUUAUCCAAACUGACUCGCCUGAUACAGUCCAAGCUCUUGUCAACUGUCGAGUAUGGACAUAUAGAAGUUGUCAAAGUGCUUCUAAGAGCUGGUGCUAAUACUGGGACAGAACGUAAGAGCGGUAGAACCCCAGCGAUGAUAGCUAAGGUCUUUAGCAGGGAUGAUAUGGUAAAAGAACUCGAGGCAUAUAGGCCAUAA